GCGGACAGCAGCGCAGCGGCGGGGACCACAGCGGCCCAGGGUCGGUCUGGGGUUCUAGCGGCCGCCUGUCCUUCUAGCCGGCGUCGGAGAAGAUGCCGGAGCAGAGCAAUGACUACCGCGUGGUCGUCUUCGGCGCGGGCGGCGUGGGCAAGAGCUCGCUGGUGCUCCGCUUCGUGAAGGGGACGUUUCGUGACACCUACAUCCCCACCAUAGAGGACACGUACCGGCAGGUGAUCAGCUGUGACAAGAGCGUGUGCACACUGCAGAUCACGGACACCACCGGCAGCCACCAGUUCCCGGCCAUGCAGCGGCUGUCCAUCUCCAAGGGCCACGCCUUCAUCCUGGUGUUCUCGGUGACCAGCAAGCAGUCGCUGGACGAGCUGAGCCCCAUCUACAAGCUCAUCGUGCAGAUCAAAGGCAGCGUGGAGGACAUCCCCAUCAUGCUGGUAGGGAACAAGUGUGACGAGACGCAGCGGGAGGUGCACACCCGCGAGGCGCAGGCCGUCGCGCAGGAGUGGAAGUGCGCCUUCAUGGAGACCUCGGCAAAGAUGAACUACAACGUGAAGGAGCUGUUCCAGGAGCUGCUGACGCUCGAGACUCGCCGCAGCGUCAGCCUCAGCGUGGAUGGCAAACGCUCCAGCAAGCAGAAGAGGGCUGACCGGAUCAAGGGCAAGUGUGUGCUCAUGUGAACCCUCCAGAGCCAGCCUGGGCCUCCUGGGCUCCGGCUCCCCUCCCACCUCUCCUCCUCCUCCUCCCCUCCCUCCUCUCUCUUCUCUGCUCCUGUUCCUCCCCCUCCUUCUCCUCCCUCCAUCUCUCUUCCCUCUUCCUGUCCCCACCAGCCUACAGCAGGGUUGGGCUCCAUCCUGGCCUUUCACCUCCAUAGCUUCAUUCUUUGCUGACCUCUCCCUCUCUGUCUCUCUGCUCCCCACCCCCCACACUUCCAUCUGUACCGCACAACCACACACUGGAGGUUUGAUCCCUGAGGAUCUGAAAACGGACCCGGCUAAGGAACUGCUUGUUCCAUCAGAACCAGAGAGGUUAUGGCGCCUCUCCAUCUCUGUCCUUUUCCCGGUGUGUUCCCAGCCACGCCCACUGUCCCUGUCCCUCACAUUCUAUCACUGUGACCUCUGGGGGGUCCCGUUGACCUCAUCCACUAAUAUCUUAUUUCUUUCACCUGAUCCUGUCCUUUCCCCAUGACCUUGGACCUGUGCCCUUCCCUGGGUCCAGAACACCCCUGUCCUCUCUUGUCUGCACACCAGGGUGGAUGGGCCAGCAGGCUGGGCCUCAGGCACCAGGCAAUAAACACAGGGCCUGCAGCAAUGCCCUGCCUGCCCCGAGCACCACCUCUGGAAUGGCAGACACCCACAGCACAAGCCCAGUACUGUCCUUCAGGGGAGGUGCGCGGGGACCCUGAGCCUGGAGUGUGGAGUGGCUGCCUGGACACUGCCCACCUGGACAGCAGCCUUCUUCUGAGACAGAGACCUUAGCACAGUGGUGCCUCGACAGCCACCCCAACUGGGGGUUUGGGGUGCUGAGGAUGGGGUGCCCAGCUGAGGGUCUAUCAGCAAAGCCCCUGUGUGGGGCGAUGGGACCAGUGGCUGAUGCCCCAGGGCUCUGACAGAACCUCAGCCCCUCUGCUGGUCACAUGUACACCAGAGACUGUCCCCCAUGUCUGCCCUGAGUUACAGAGCCCCUGCGGUAUCUGCGAGACUGUCCGGGAGACUUGAGGGACUCCUAGGCCUGUGCCCCACCCACAAGAGGGUGACUUAGAAUUCUGUGUUUAUGUGACUGUGUGUCUGGAUGGGUGUGAGUCUGUCUUGGGAUAGGGUGUUCUUGCACCACUUUGUGUUCUU